AUGGCUUCUACGGAGCCCAGCCGCAGAGCAUCCAUAGCUUCGAGCUCCGAAGUGAGCUUGGUAGACCUAGCUGCCGGCAAGAAUUCGGUACUCAAGAAGGAUAAGUCCACUGGAGGAGUGAAGUUGAAGAAGUCGAUUGCGAAGAAAACAAAACCCAAGGAUACUGAGAGCAAUGGGACGAAGACAGGUGGCAAUACUCGAAGUCCUUCUCCAGAUUCCCCAGCCGUAAAUGGCACCGGAUCGAAAGCUGGAGACAUUCAAGGCCUCGCCAAGUGCUACUACUGCAAGAAACCUUUGCCCGAGUCCGCCGUCGCUUCUCAUGCCCAACUAUGCGAUAAGAGGAAAGAGACAAAUCGUAAGAAGAAGGAAGCAAAAGAAGCCAAGGCCAAGGAUGCCAAAGCGAAGGAAGCUGCCGAAGAGAAAGACAAAGACGGUGACUCCGUAAUGGGCGAAUCCAUAACGGCCGGCCAACGUGAUCUCGAAGCGGGGGAAGGCGGCAGCGGGUCCACCAAAAAGCCACCCAAGAAGUCUGCCUCCAAAGCCUCUGUCGACGGUCCCAAGAAAUCCAAGAAGCGGAAAGCAGACGGCGAAGGCGACAAAGAGCCUAAGAAAAAGAAACUCAAAAAAGACGAGCCUCCUAAGCCCAAGCUCCCCAAACCCAAAGGACCCGUAAAUGUCGAGCGGCAAUGCGGCGUCAUGCUACCGAACGGCGGUUGCUGCGCUCGCUCUCUAACCUGCAAAUCCCACAGCAUGGGCGCCAAACGUUCAGUCCCUGGCCGCAGUCUACCAUACGAUCAGCUGCUGGCUAUGUAUCAGAAGCAGAACCAGGCGAAGAUUCAAAAAGCGGCAUUGGAGGCGAAGGCGCCGCUGCUGGACGAUGGGCCGCCGGAGGGGCCGGUCGAUAGUGAUGAGGAGAAGGAUACGGUGAUGGCUGCGAUUGCGAGGGUGAGGCCGAUGCCGUUGGACCAGCACGUCUUUGUGCCGACUGCGAUGAAGUAUAAGCAUAUUCGGAUGAAGGAGAUGUUAGGGAAUGCCUUGGGGUCCAGGGGGUCGGGAGGAGGGGGGUUGUUUGGGGGAGGGAAUAGGGAGCAGGGGGUCUCUGAUGGCGCCAUGCCGGGUCCUCCGGCGGUGGGUGCUGGUGGCGAAAACAUGACUGGGGAGGGGCCGUCGAGGAAACCGAGUCUGGCUCAGCAGGCGCAGGGGAGAACAGCUGGUGGAAGUACAGCGGUGGCGCCUGUGAGGAAGGCAAGUGUUGCCAGCGCUGGGAAUGCAUAA